AUGAAGAUAGAGAAAGCAAAUGCGGGGGUCCUUACAAACUUUGAAGUUCUAGACUUCUUGCGGUCUAGAGGUGCCAAAACCGACCCCAUGGGAUGUUUGGGGGCUGUCACUGCAUCAGAGUGUAAGGUGUAUGAGUACCUCUUAAAAACCCCUGCUUGUAACCAGACAAGGGAAUCAGUUUUUGAAUUUGUGAAGAGAAGUGAGGGUUUCAGGCUUGCAGAUGCUGAUAAGCUAAAUGUGAUAAACUGGAGGCCGUCCUCAGCUGCUGAUGCUUAUGCGAUGAUAGAAGAAUGUGGGAGACGAUUUUCCAGGGACGAGCGAGGAGAUGUACGUGACGAAGAUGAAUGGGUCCAGGAGUUUUUGGAGAUAGUGAAGGAAGCUUUGCCACCACCCCCUCCCAAGGCAGAGGCUGUGCAGGAGUGA